GAAAAGAACGAGGACAAAAUUUCUGGUUUUGAUCUCAUCAGUUUGUGUUUUUGUACUCUGGACCUCUUCAUUGCUGGAACUGAAACUACAACAAUUACUUUGUUUUGGGGGCUGCUAUACAUGAUGUACUACCCAGAUAUACAGGAGAGAGUCCAGGCUGAAAUAGACGCUGUGAUUGGUUCAUCCAGACAGGUCUCUAUGUCUGACAGAGAAAACAUGCCCUACACUGAUGCUGUCGUUCAUGAGAUACAGAGAAUGGCCAACAUCACCCCACUCAACUUGUUCCACAUGACAAACAAGGACACCAUCUUGGAUAAGUACACAAUCCCAAAGGGGACCAUGAUCCUUCCAACUCUGGACUCUGUGCUACAUGAUGAGACAAUGUGGGAAACUCCAAACACCUUUAACCUUCAACACUUUCUGGAUCAAGAUGGUAAAUUUAGGAGGAGGGAGGCAUUCCUUCCUUUUUCUGCAGGUAAGUGAGUUUGUCCUGGGGAACAACC